AUGCACAUCUUCAAGUCUUACCUCCCCCUGCUCCUCGCUUCCGGUGCCACCCUUACCGCGGGUCAGGCAUGUAAUCGGCGCAUGGCUAUACGAUCGGCACCAGAUCAUGACCUGUUCUUGCACCUCACCGAUAAUGGCCCUAGAUCUCUGCAAGCCAGACAGGAUAGCACAGAUCCAUGGAGAGAAUCGAAGCCAAAGGGUCCCAUCUGCAGGUCCGGGAGUUCCUAUACCGUAGCGCAGUGUCACAUUGACCAGCUGAAGGCCAAAGGGUGCAACGUGGUUGCGUGUGUUUCAGCAGGAGCGGCUUGCUUUGCUACGUGUGCCUCGGCGGGUGCACAGGGUGGCAUUGAUGCGCUGGCGGACAUUGCAUGCUUGGCAGCUAUUGGGACCUUCACUGCGGAGUGUGCUGACUGUGAUCCGCGGUCAGUGGGCGCCAUUUGA